GAAAUAGGAGCACAGUUUGUAUCUGCCGAGACUGGGGAGAGAAGAAGCUGCACAUCCAGGUCACCUAGGAAGAGAGAAGAUCCAGCCACACCAACUGCAAGUUGCAAGGUCCCGCCAAACGGACAGGAACAAAGAUCUGACAGUACAGACAGAGAGGUAAGUCCCCAUUUCUGCAGGAAGAACCACAGGAGAAGAAAGUGCCCACAAAGUGGUAGCUGCGAGUGCAGGUCACCCAGAAAGUAGAGAGAGAAGAGGGAGAAGAAACCUCAUCACUCAAGGAAAAAAAAGGCCCCCAGUAUCAAAUGAGAACACAGCACAGCCAGGUCAGAAGACAAUCUCUGUGUAGAGAUGCUGUGUACUCAGGGCAGCAAGUGAGAAAGGAGAGACCCCCAAUAUACUGAGAGGGACUCACUAACGUUUGGAGAUACAGAACUGACCCACAUUGCUAUCACCAAAUAAUCCCAGCACAAGAAAAACCAGAGAUCAGUGGAGGAUUCUCCGUCGCCUAGAACUCUGUUUUUUAUAUCUGACUUUGGCAUUCAUCAACUGCACUCCAACAAUGGUCACUGUGACAGACUGUGGCUCUGGUGCCUACUGAAUUCUGUUCUAGUGGGUUUUUUGGCAUCUUUUGGAAGAUUUGGGAAUUAGCUUAUAUGAGUGCAGCUUUUCAGCCCCCUCUCAUGAUGAUGGAUCGUCCCUUGGGCAGCAGUAGAGCCUUUAGUAUAGACUCACUGAUAGGGAGUCCACCACAGCCCAGCCCUGGACAUUUUAUAUACACUGGAUAUCCCAAAUUCAUGCCUUACCGGCCUGUGGUCUUGGCCCCUCCACCACCCCCUCCUCCAUCUCUGUCUCAAGCCACUCUGCAGCCAACUCUCCCUUCAUCGCACCCUCACCACCAGAUCCCCAGCCUGCCCAGUGGAUUCUGUUCUAGUCUUGCCCAGGGCAUGGCACUCACCUCUACUCUCAUGGCUACCCUGCCAGGUGGAUUCUCAGUCUCCACCCAGCACCAGGAGGCAGCCAGAAAGUUUGGAGCUCAAAGUCUCCAUGGAGCAUUUGAAAAAAGCGACGGGAGUCAGUCAGACGGAGAAGAUGGCAAUAAGACCUACAUAACCAAAGAGGGCACCUUAUUGCCUUUCUCUACUUUGGAAACUUCUCUGAGUCCAGUCCGUGGGCAGGGGAAAGAGGAGUCUGGGAAAGAAGCAGAAGGAAAGGGCAAGGAGGAUUCCUACCUGAUGGAUAGUGACCUGGACUACAGUUCAGAUGACAAUAUCUCCUGCCAAACUGCCCACAAAGAAGAAGACACCCCAGAAGAAAGCCCCCCAAACUCAAACCCUUCUAAUAACAGCAACACCAGCUCCACGGGGAAGAACCGGCGGAGGAGAACUGCCUUCACCAGUGAACAACUGCUGGAACUAGAGAAAGAGUUCCACUGCAAGAAGUACCUGUCCCUGACAGAGAGAUCCCAGAUCGCACAUGCGCUCAAACUAAGCGAGGUCCAGGUCAAAAUAUGGUUCCAGAACCGCAGAGCCAAGUGGAAGAGGGUCAAGGCCGGCAAUGCGAACUCCAAAACUGGGGAGCCUUCUAGAAACCCCAAAAUUGUUGUUCCCAUCCCAGUCCAUGUCAGUAGGUUUGCAAUACAGAGCCAACACCAGCAGCUGGAGCAGACAAGACCCUGAAGCACUGCCAGCAACCUAACGACUAACAACUUUCUCCCAGAAUCCCUUGUCAGAUUAGAACCAGUUUCCUUGAAGACUUUCCAGAAAGAUACUGUGUAUUAAGUAGGGAGAGGCUUGGGCAGGCUAAAUAUUUAAUUCUCUUGGGCCUUAAACUUAUGUACAGAUAAAAGAAAAGUGGCCUCUCUUUUUAUGGGUGGAGGGCUAAACUUCUCAAACUGUAAUUAUUCUCCUGUUCUGGACUUGAUAUGGACAGAGGUUUUAUGCAAACUCUGGAACAAGGACCAGUUUCCUCUUUUCCUCCUGUCAUUUUGAGGCAAAAGUGUCUCAGAUUAUUUUGUGGUUAAUUUAUUCUGUUUUCUAUUCUUAUAAAUGUUAAAAUGUGAAAAAUAAUCAGUCUUGUAAAAAUAAAUUAUGUCUCUAAUAAAAACUGGCGCAGCCAUUCUGGGAUAUAUGGGGUCAUUCCAAAGCGAAGAUGAAGGGUUUGUGUAUAGGUCCCUGUUAAUCUCCAUCCAAGCCCCUUGAGACUCAUUUUGUCAAACAUGAUGUGUGUGGAUUGAAUGGGGGAGUCACCAAAAAAGGAGGCUGUGUGGGAUUUAAUAGGCGAGGACAUGUGGGGUCUGUUGGACACAAAUAAAUGAGUGUACAUUUUUUCCUAGAGAUCAUUUAAUUGUGGAUGGCUGGGAGUGUCAUCUGUGCAGUAAAUGUGUCUGUCAGCCGGCAGAGUGGAGGGGGAAUGAACAAUUAGGGAACGUUUCCAGGGCUCAGGUAUUUUUGGGUUGAUUUGAGGUUUUUGAUGCUGGGUAGGAACAUAUAAAUCAUUGUUAGAUUGUACCCGGCAGAUCAGAACCAGUAUAAUCCCUUGGAUGUUCAGGGCUGGGAUCUGUCGUCUUAUUUGUGACAAUGGUACAAAGGCUCUGAGGAUCCCAGCAAGAGACAGAAGGGGUCAUUUCUCUCCUUGUCAAUUUCAGUCAUUUUCUGGGACACUCACCACCUGAAUGGCACAGAAAGAGCAGGGAGAAUUAACUCUACUGUGCACUUAGUUUUAUCUCCCUGUUGGAAUGAAGCAGCCUCUCAUCUUCUGGGCUUUCUGCGGGGAUUUCUCACUCCUUUUAUCUUUCAUUUACCGACACAAUGUUUCCCAAUACAUCUGGGGUGGAAGGUUUGGGGGAUACGGAGGGGCAGGUGUAUAUGGUUCAACCAGAGAUUGCAGCUAAAAAUAGCGUUAUUAUUAUUAUUAUUUAGUAGGGGACCAGGGGAUUAGAGAAUAAUUCACGUGUAGUAAACCCAUCACAUUUUAUCCACACACGGUCACUAACACAAUAACCCCUAUUAUAUAAUGCAGGGGAAAUCCCUAUGGAGCAACACAAUAUAUCUGUGUGCAGUGUGAUUAAAUA